AUGAAACAAUACAAAAGGAUAGGAGAGCUCUAUCAGGAUGAGAAAAGCGAUCAAUGCAGAGGGCUGCCACGUGCAGACCUACUUUAUAAAAAAGAUAGAGAAAUAACAGAAAGAGAGCAAGAAGAUUCUAGAGAAGAGGCGCAGGUAAUUGCACAGGCAAUUCUUUCCAUAAAAAGCAUUGAAACUGAGCUGGACAGAAAAGAAAAAAACCGAAUAGCUGCAAAGAAAAGCAGAGAAAAAAGGCUGCAGUAUAUAGAGGACAUAGAGUAUCAGCUAUACCAUGAAAAGGCCAAAAACCAUCGGCUGCAUCAGCACAUAAACAUUUUAUACAAUGUUUUGGAAAAACUGCUGGUAGAAACUGAAAUUAGCCUAGCAGAGAAGCGCUCUGGAAUUCUUCAGCUGGCAAGUAUUUUUGUAGGGUGUGAUGAGUACAUUUCACUUCCUACAAAACAUAAGGAGAUAAUAGGCAAAUUAAAGUACUUUUUAUUUACUAGUAAAACUUCGGAUAUAUAA